GAAGAUAGAAGCGCACGCGUCGCGAAAAUACAUUAAACGAACAUCGAUAAUUUAAACACUUAAUGCUAUAGUUAAAACUUCAAACAAGUGAUAUUUCCAGUGCCGUUAACACAUAUUAAUACUCAUAUUUAAAGCAAUUUUAUGUAAUCGUUAUUAAAGGUUAAGCUCAGUGAAGUUGUUUGAAUUUUUAGUUGCCAGAACUUUCCAGGUCAUAAGUUCGUAUUGCAGAUAACGGAGUGAUGAAAAUUUGACUGUUACUAAUCAAGUGCGCGUAGUGUCGACAUGGAACGUAAAGUUUUCUUAUUUUGGUGCGCAACAUUGAUAUGCUGUUUCGUUGCUAGUGCGAAGACGGGUAAUCGAGUGAAGAGUCCGGCGACAAGAUUCACGUGUCAAGGUCGAGCGUCCGGCUAUUACGCAGACGUCGAGACCGGUUGCCAGGUCUACCAUAUGUGCGAUGGUCUAGGUCGGCAGUUCAGCUAUUCCUGUCCAAACACGACGUUGUUUCAACAGCGCAUGCUCAUCUGUGACCAUUGGUACAUGGUCAACUGCUCCAAUUCCGAGAGCGAUUAUGACGCUAAUCUUCUCAUUGGUCAAAGGGACAAGCCGUUUGUGUCUGACGAGGAGAUGCGUCUCCGAACUCCUAGACCCGAUAUACUAUCUGUGCCUCCGAAUGAUAAGUACUACGAUGGGUUAAGAGAAGCUGAAUCUAAGUUUCCAAUUCAUCCUGAUAACAGCAUUGUUGGAAUAUCAGAUUCAAUUUUAAACUCGAACGACUUAGAUAGUGACAAACCAAGGUAUGGACCACCAACCUCCUGGUCAAUGAGCACCAAAAAGAAACCACGUCCAGUUAAUAUUGACACCGGUACUUCGAAUUCUAAUUAUUUUAACAAUGUUAGACUAAACUUUAAUGAAGGCGUUGGUGGUAAUAAGAAAAUAUCUUCACAAAGUCCUGGUCAAUUACCUUCAACUACUAAUAAUCGACCACGUGGAAAUAUUAAUCCACCAUCACAGGACUUGAGUCCACCAUUUUUGCCACCAACUACAACUGAAAGAAAUGAUGAUUUAGGACUAGAUAUCAGAGUUAAGCCCACUCCAGACCCCGUGUUUAAUUUCAUAAAACGUUUCGAUCCGAACUCUCCAGACUCAAUUAAAACAACGAUGACGAAAACGGAAAUUAUUGAUCUGAAUCACCAUUUACCUGAUGGUCAGGUAAGUUCAGAAGAAGAUAGGACUCCGCGCAAAAACAAGAAUUUUGGAAAUAAUUUCAAUGUACUGCAGGCUGAUAAAAAGAAGAGCUCUACUGAUGGGUCGCGGUUUAAUUCAGUUAACGUAAAGUCAAACUCCGACGCAAACAUAGAAUCUUCUAAUGUCCAAGUACCAAAACCAUCCAGGGAACUCUUGCCACCCAAGACUGACAUAACAGAAUUGGCAUCGACAACCAUGGGACCGCCUAUUUACUAUGAAUGGAAAUGGGCUGUACCAGCAUUCGACUUAGAGCCUCCUAAAUUAAGUAACGAAACCAACACAACGACACCUAAACCAGUUAAACCUGGGAAGAGACCAUUUAGUGUUAUAACUCGAUCCACGCCAAAAAUAGUCGAUCCUACACCCAGUAAUACUGAGUACAACAUUAGUUCAUACUUUGUCCCGGAUUAUGUGUUUCCAUUAGAUGGACCUCACCCAGGAUAUGACGAUGAAGACGCGCAUACGUCAUUCCAGGUUCAAGUGUCUAGACCUGGUAGGGCUAGUUAUGGAGAAAAUCCCGCUUGUCCUCACUGUCAUCCGGCAUACCUUAACCCUGGAACUUGCGAACCGUGCAUUGUAAAGCGGUAACAUUAAAUAUCAAAUAAUGACUUCAUAUAUUUAAGUUUUUCACUGACAUUCCUCACAAUAAUUGCAGCAAAAAAUAAUGCAAAUAGCUGUCGUUGAUUAAAUACGACUACUUCAUUAAGUUGAGUUGACAAAGAACGAUAUAUCUUAUUUAUUUAAGUAAAAAGUUUAAUAAAGGUAUAGUUGAGGUGUUUUGAAUUAAAAUAAAUGACACUUGUAUGGUUAGUAUCUGUAGGUAAACAAGUCAAAAUCGAAUUUCACUUACCCUUAUUAUUAAAAAUGUGAUGUUUGCAUAAUUAUUUUAUAAUAAUCAAAUGAUAAAUGGUUAAUAUCAUAAAAAAUAAUCCGUAUAAAAAUCGUUUCUGAUGACGUAUUAAAUCCAGCUUUAAAAAGCGCUCUUAUCCUAUUACUAUCUGCACCGCACGGUUUUACCUGAAUCGCUCGUUAUUGUAUAGUAUAACAUUUCUCAGUCAAAAGCCUGUUUAACGCAAACCAUCUUUCUUGACCGGACUGACAGAUCUGGUGAUUAUCGCAUUCAAAUAAAUAAAACGAACUUUUCAGCUUAAUAUAAUGUCACAGAAUGUAGAUAACCUACGUAUAUUUUACCUACGAUCGAAAAAGUAGGUAAGUGACCUAUUUAUUUGAUCAUAUUUUUUUUAACUGAAAUGUUAUUUUCAAAUACAAUAUUACUUGUUAAAGUAACACAAAACUGUAUAUAAUAUAAUUGUUAAGCAGAAUGGUACAACUUGUAAAAUAUAUGUAAGUA